AUGAUAACAGUACUAACAAUAUUAUGUGCGUUCCUAAUGAAUCUGCCAUAUUGUUGCCACUGUAAUCUUGAUCAUCAUUGGUUAUCGCCAUUCGAUAACACCACCGAAAUAUCCGCACUGUGCACGAACGAAAAUCAUGAUAUUGUUAUGCUGAAACGAGGUGUACCUAUGAUGUAUAAUUUAUUUCGUCACGAUGUGAUGUGUUGGCUUGAAAUCCAACGUUAUGUACCGCCACGCUAUAAUCAGUUGAUAUGGUUUUUGCAGUCGUUAGGUUAUUGCGAUGUUAACCGAGAGAUUAAUUGGCGGAGACGAGGCGUUGAGUAUAAUCGUGAUUUUCAACUGAAGAUCACCAGAGCUGCUUUCGCUUUGAUAUGUCGGCAAACAGAUGAUAUUGGACGUUACGAUUUAAGUAGAUACGCAUCGCUGUUUCGUAUUAUGUUUGAAAAAACCAACGAUGAUAGACUGCAUAUCUGUGAAAAAGUUAUAUCACUUUAUCAAGAUCUCUAUACUCGAUGUUUGGUAGCUUCACCAACUGGAAGAGUAAGACUUCUCGAAAAAAUAUGUUCAGGUCGUUCCACAGUUCGUCUCAUUAAAAUGCGUGCAUUCUUUAAAAGAUUCUCAAGGAAUUGCUUCACUUUCAAUGAUUUCUUCAACAGCAACCCAAUUGCAAGCCAAUCUUUGGGCUAUGCUCUAUCAAAUGAUACGGUUUUUAUGAAUAUGCUAAGGUUUUGA